AUGAACCAUGGUCUAAGACGUGGAACGCAACACCUCACAAAACAAUGUUGCAAACGCCUCUUUUCGCAUUCGCCAACCAAACGCUAUGCAUCCGACAUUGUCAAGAAAGAAUGGUCAACACCAUUAGCCAAGAUCCUCGCUGAUGCGAUUCGAACGACCGGCCCAAUCUCCAUAGCAGCAUACAUGCGACAAGUCCUCACAAACCCAGACGCAGGCUACUACACCACACCAAGCAGUCAAAGCAAAACCGAAGUCUUUGGUAAGAAGGGCGAUUUUAUUACAUCGCCAGAAAUUACCCAGAUUUUUGGAGAGCUGGUGGGGAUAUGGACGGUUACAGAAUGGAUGGCGCAGGGGAUGCCGAAGGAGGGGGUUGAGUUGAUUGAGGUUGGGCCGGGGAAGGGAACAUUGAUGGAUGAUAUUUUAAGGACGCUUAGGAAUUUCAAGACCUUUUCGAAGAGUAUUGAGAAUAUCUAUCUUGUUGAAGCGAGUGCGCCUUUGCGGGAAGUUCAGAAGAAUUUGCUUUGUGGGCCGGAUGCGGUUCUUGAGGAGAUUGAUAUUGGGUAUCGGGGUAUCAAUAAACAUACUGGUGCGCCGAUUGUUUGGGUGGAAGAUAUUCGGUUACUGCCAUACAAUGAUAAAAUGCCAUUCAUAUUCGCCCAUGAAUUCUUUGAUGCCCUCCCAAUCCACGCUUUUGAGUGCAUUCAACCCACAGAAUCUGAAGAAAAACAGCAACCGAAACAAAUCAUGACACCAACCGGUCCCCUCGACUUGGACCAUACAAAUCAAAGAAACACCAAGAAUAGACCAACAGGCCCCCAAUGGCGAGAAUUAAUGGUUGCACUAAAUUCCAAGUCUGUUGUCGAAAACAUCAAGGAUGAACCAGAAUUCCAACUCUCGCGCGCCAAAAUAUCAACUCCAAAUUCUCUACUCCUCCCCGAGAUUUCCGAACGAUACAAAGCGCUCAAGUCUCAGCCCGGAUCGGUCAUUGAAGUCAGUCCCGAGAGCAGGAUAUACGUCGCUGAUUUCGCGCGUCGAAUUGGCGGGUAUGCGCCACCAUCAGAACCUAGACUACCAAAACGGAAACCGGGGGAAGUAGCCAAACAAGUUUCCCCUGGUGAUAUUCCAACAGCACCAAUUCAGAAGAAACAUCCAUCAGGGGCAGCUCUAAUCCUCGAUUACGGCACAACAUCCACCGUCCCUAUAAAUUCGCUUCGCGGCAUUCGGCAACAUGCCACUACCUCCCCCUUUGCAUACCCAGGCCAAGUCGACGUCAGCGCCGACGUAGAUUUCACUAGCCUCGCUGAAGCAGCUUUAGAAGCCAGUGAAGGCGUCGAGGUCCAUGGUCCAGUUGAUCAAGCCGAAUUCUUGCAUUCACUGGGUAUCGCUGAGCGAGCGGAGCAGUUACUUUCCAAAUUACCUGCUGAUAAAGAGGAGAAGCGCAAGAUGCUUCAGACGGCUUGGAAGAGAUUGGUGGAUAAGGGGCCUAACGGUAUGGGGAAGUUGUAUAAGGCUUUGGUUAUAGUUCCCGAGAAUGGGGGGAGGAGAAGACCUGUUGGGUUCGGGGGCGGUGUUGUUGGUUGA